UUUUAAUUUGUCAUCAAUAUAAAGAACAAAAUUUAUUAAAAUUAGCUUAAAAAAUCGAAGAAAUUAAUUUAAAAAUCGCAGAAUUAUUACAAGACUUCAAAAAAUCGAAAUAAAUUGAAAGGUUAAAAAUUUGUGCAGCUGGCCUGACUGACAUUCGAUGGAAUGGAAUCUGUUCGCUGUUAUUUGUGCGACCAUGAGUUCGUAGAAGGUGAAGAGCCAUGGCUGAUGUUUGAACAAAGACUACGUGAGGACGGACAAGUGGAAUGUUCAUUGGCUGAUUUGUUGGGUAGAAUUUUGGAAAAGGAUUUGGAAGAGGCUAUAGCACAUUCUACAUUGCUGUGUGAUUCCUGCAAUGCAGAUGUUUUGGAGUACGAAAGUCUUGAAAAACGAUUUUCCCAGUUACGGGAAAGAAUUUUGAGUUCAUACAAAGAAAAUUCUACUAUACAGAAUUUGUAUAAUUUGAUACAUGGAACAGUCAUAAGCAAUGAAUCUCAACAACAGCAAGAUGAUGAAGAUAAUAAAUUGCUAAUUAACAAUCCUGAAGUAAUGGAAAAUAUAUCAAAUCCAGAAUAUAUUGGUAUUACGGAAAUGGACUUAGUCGAGGAAGUCCAGGACGAAGAUCUGGAGUACGAAGAGGAUUUACAUGUAAAUGUGCUACGAAAGGAGCCUGUGUCGGAUCAUGGUGAUGUUGGAUUCGACGAACAUGUUAAUUCCGAGAUCGUAUCUGAUCAUUUCGAUUUUGCCGCGUUCAAUGAACAUGUAGCCCAGAAUUCCCUACCUUCUGGUGUAUUGAAUUUAUCAGAUGGCCUUGUCAAUCUAGAAGUUUCGGAAAAGUCUAUAGAUGUUCAAGAUAUACCAUUGGAUGGCCAAGAUAUAAUUAUAUAUGAUGUUAACGCAGACCAUAUACAACAGAGCGACUUAAUUAUUCAACAAGAUAACGACAGUUGUGAUUUGAAAAAUUAUGAUAGUACAGAAGACGAUGAUCUUAAUUUCAUAAUAAGCACAGACAUUUUCACAAGUGAAGGCAACUGUGAAGACACCCAGCAAUCCAAUAACUCCGAAAUAAUAAUACCAAAUGAUAUUGAACAACAGAACACUGUGACUUCUGAGACAUCAACGCCACCAACAGCACCUAACCCGGUUUGCAAGCAAGAUGGCGAAUACUUCAUCUGUCUUCUUUGUGAGAUAUCGCCACAAUAUGAACGUCACAUUCUGAUAGAACAUUUUCAAACGUUUCACAAUUCUAAAUUUCAUAUGUGUGAACAGUGUCAUCAGGGAUUUGGAAAGCGACAGGACCUGAAAACACAUACAGAGAUCGGUCAUAUAAUAAAGUGUGAGUAUUGUGAACGUACAUUCACCAAUACUCGUUUGUAUCGCAUACACAAACGUAUGCAUUACAAUAAUACCAAACCAUUCGAAUGUCCUGUGUGCCAGAAAAUGUAUGUGUCCAAAGCGAUUCUGGAAGAACACAUGAACACGCAUACUGGCGUAAGACCAUUUAAAUGCAGCGAAUGUCCUAAAGAUUUUGCCUCAAAAUAUACGCUGCAUACACAUAUGAAAAUACACAAGGAACGGCCGCGGCCCUACCAGUGCGAUCUGUGUGACAAACGGUUUUUGAAUCAACAAAAUCUGAAUCAACAUAAAAAAUUGCAUGUCUCAGUCAAAGCCUUCCAAUGUGAUGUGUGCAACAAGACAUUCACCACUCAGCAUAGUUUGCAAGUUCAUAAAAUAGUACAUUCAGGCCAGAGGCCCUUUAUUUGUCGCAUUUGUGGAAAGUCAUUUGCGCGAAGGCCGGAAAUCAAAGACCAUGAACGCAUUCAUACCGGUGAGAAGCCAUUUAAAUGUGAAUACUGUCCAAUGGCCUUUGCCCAACGCACCAAUUUGGCCAGUCACAAGAAGUCAACACAUUUGAAUGAGAAAUUACACAAAUGCGACCUAUGUUUGCGGUCUUUUAAGCGCAAACGUUUAUUAGAUUAUCAUAUACAGGCCAUACAUACGGGAGAACGGCCGCAUAAAUGUGAAAUAUGUGGAGCAGGGUUUGUCUAUCCAGAACAUUACAAAAAACACAUGCUCAUACACAGUGGCAAGAAGCCGUAUGCAUGCGAAGUGUGUGGCAAACAGUUCAACAGUCGUGACAAUCGUAAUGCCCAUCGUUUUGUGCACAGUGAUAAGAAGCCUUACGAAUGUAUGGAGUGUGGAGCGGGAUUUAUGCGCAAACCCCUCCUUCUAACACAUAUGAAGCAAACAAAACACAUAAACGAUACAAUCAUUAUAAAUCAGCCACAAUUUACUCAACAACAACCGAUGGAAAUUGGAAGCAUCUCAACUAACUCUUCAUCCGUAGAUUACAAUAAUUUGCACGAGGACGAAUCGGAAAUCGAUGUCGACAAUGAUCUAAGGUCACAAGAGGUCUCCGAUGAAACCCUCGAAAAAAUCAUAUUCAAAGCAGAAGACUUAUUGGCGGAGAAUGUUUCAGUUUCAUCGAUUACAGACAAAGAUGACGAUGAUGAUGAUGAAAAUGUGAUAACGGCCGUAGGUGAUCAUUUAAUGAAAGGUGGUCUGGACGAUGUCAAAUAUUUGGAAUUUGAAGAUUUAGAACGUGAUGGCCAUCAAACCUUGACGUGGGUGAACAUAGGAGGAGAUGAUAAAGUUUAGGUUGUUAUAAGAAUUUAAUUUAAUCUAAUAUUAUUAAGUGAUAACAUUUUCCGAGAAAAUAAAUGCUAUUUUUAUUAUGUUAUGAGAUACAACAUAAA